AUAUUUUUAUUUUUUCUCCCCCCCAGGUGCCCCCGAGGAGGACAAGCCCUUCCUGGCCCCCCCCGCGGGCAAAUUCAGCCGCAGCCUCUCGGUGCCCGGCUCGGACGAGAUCCCCCCUCCCCCCACCACCUCCCCCCCCGAGCCCCCCUACACCGCCCCUCCCCCCCCCAGCCCCAGGGGGGGUCCCUGGCGCCUUUACAACCUGGGGGGGGGUCCCAGGGGGGGUGGGGGAGGGGCGGGGGGCCCCCCCAAGCCGCUGCGCCGCAAGGGCCCCCUGGUCAAACAGACCAAGGUGGAGGAGGGGGGCGCGGGGGGAGGGGCGGCCGGGGGAGGGGCGGGCGCCGACAAGAGCUCUAUCGCGAUACCCACGAUAGUCGUCAAAGCCCCCUCCACCAGCAGCUCGGGCCGCAGCAGCCGCGGCAGCAGCGUGGAGGCCGAGGGGGGGGUGGGGGGAGGGGCGGCGCCGUCGGAGGGGGGAGGGGCCGCUCCGGCGGGCGGGGGAGGGGCGGUGGCGGCGGUGGGUGGGGGAGGGGCGGCGGGGGACGCCCCUCCCCCCUCCUCGGGGUUGGAUUUCACCUCGCAGUUCGGGGCGGCGCUGGUGGGGGCGGGGCGGCGCGAGUGGGGGGCGGGGCGGCGCUCGGCGCUCUUCCUCAGCACCGAGGAGGAGGAGGAGGGAGGGGGGGGAGGGGCGGGUGGGGGAGGGGCGGGGCUGGGCGUGGCCUCGCCCUCGCCGCGCUUGCGUCACUCCAAGAGCAUCGACGAGGGGAUGUUCGUGGCCGGGCUUUGGGGGCCGCCCCUCCCCCACCACGCGCAGAACCCCUCCCCCACCGCUCCGGAGGGGCGGGUCCGCUUCGCCGACACGGGUGGGGGAGGGGCUCUGCUCGCCCUUCCCCCCCCCGCCCCCUCCGUGGACGGCGACGAGGAGCUGCUGCUGGCCGAGCCCCUCCCCCCGCCCCUGGAGUUCGCCAACAGCUUCGAGACCCCUCCCCCCGCGCUGCCGCCCCUCCCCCACCCGCAGGACGGACCCCCCCCUCCCCCCCAGGUGGGCGACUCGGCCACCUCGAGCCUCACCUCGUACGACAGCGAGGUGGCCACGCUGACCCAGAGCGGGGGUGGGGGAGGGGCUGGCCACGACCCCCGGCGCGCGGGGGGAGGGGCCGGCGGUGGGGGAGGGGUGUUCGGGGUCGCCCCUCCCCCCCCCGAGGGCGCCGAGGCGGUGACGGACUCGGGGAUCGAGGAGGUGGACAGCAGGAGCAGCAGCGACCACCCCCCCGAGGGGCCCCCCGAGUUCGGCGGGGGUGGGGGAGGGGCGGGGACCCCCGAGGGGGCACCCCCAGCCAGAGCCGAGGAGCGGCGUGGGCGAGAGCGGGGCACGAGGGAGGAUUCGGCGGGAGGCACAGGCUCCCGGACUCCACCGCCCCUCCCCCCCCUCCCCCUCCUCCAAGCCCCUCCCCCCCUCCGCCCUCUUCCCCCAUUGGCCGCCGCCCCCCCCAAACCCACGGGGGGCGUGGCCGUGGGGGGCGACCUGGACGUGCGCCCCCCCCUCCGCCGCGCGCCCAGCCCCGCCCCUCCCCCCUCGGAGCGCCGCGGCAGCCCCGCCCCCCGCCCCGCCUCCCUGCCCACCUUACCUGCGGCUCACCUGUACGGCGGCACCUGGGAGCUGCGCGGCGCCUUCCCCGACGCGUCCCCGGCGCGCUCGCUGUCGCCGCCCCGCGCCGCCGCCCCCGGGAAGCCGUUCGGGGCCAAGCCCUUGGCGUUCUGGAGCAAGUUCGACGUGGCGGACUGGCUGGAGUCGCUGAACCUGGGCGAGCACCGCGCGCGCUUCCUGCACAACGAGAUCGACGGCACUCACCUGCCCGCGCUCACCAAGGAGGAUUACAUCGACCUGGGCGUGACGCGCGUGGGGCACCGCAUGAACAUCGACCGCGCCCUGCGCCUCUUCCUCGAGAGGUGAUGGAGCCCCGCGGCGGCGCAGGUGGGGAGGGGGGCGGGGGGGCGCGGGCAGGUGUGCGGGGGAGACCCUCAGGUGAGGGGGAGAGGAUGUUGAGAACCGGGGGGAGAUCUUCAGGUGUGCGGGGGAGACCCUCAGGUGUGCGGGGGAGAUCCCUCAGGUGUGCGGGGGAGACCCUCAGGUACCCCAGGUACCGGGAAGAGACUCGGAGGUGUGCGGGGGAGUCCCUCAGGUGUGCGGGGGAGGCCUUCAGGUACCCCAGGUACCGGGAAGAGACUCGCAGGUGUGGGGGAGAGAUCCUCAGGUGUGGGGGAGAGACUCGCAGGUGUGGGGGAGAGAUCCUCAGGUGUAGGGGAGGGGUCUUCAGGUGCCAGGGAGGGACUCCCAGGUGUGGGGGAGAGAGGGGGAGAGGAGGGAGAUGAGUGUGCAGCGGGAUCCAGGUGUGUGAUGGGAUCCGAGUGUGCAACGGGAUCCAGGUGUGGAACGGGGUGUGGACAUGGGAAUGUAACGGGAUCCAGGUGUGCAAUGGGAUCCAGGUGUGCAACGGGAUCUCAAUGUGUAACGGGAUCUGGGCAUGGGAAUGUGGUUGGAUCUCAGUGUGUAAUGGGAUCUCAGUGUGCAAUGGGAUCUGAAUGUGGAACGGGAUCCAAAUGUGGAACGGGAUCUGGGCAUGGGAAUGUGAUGGGAUCCCCAGUGUGUAAUGGGAUCCAGGUGUGUAAUGGGAUCUGGACAUGGGAAUGUAAUGGGAUCUCGGGUGUGCAAUGGGAUCCCAGUGUGUAACAGGAUCUGGGCAUGGGAAUGUAACGGGAUCCGAGUGUGCAACGAGAUCCCAGUGUGGAACAGGAUCCAGAUGUGUAACGGGAUCGGGACAUGGGAAUGUGAUGGGAUCCCAGUGUGUAAUGGGAUCUCAGCACGUAAUGGGAUCCCAGUGUGCAAUGGGAUCCAGGUGUGCAAUGGGGUGUGGGCAUGGAAUGUAACGGGAUCCAGGCGUGCAACGAGAUCCCAGUGUGGAACAGGAUCCAGAUGUGUAACAGGAUCUGGACAUGGAAAUGUAAUGGGAUCCCAGUUUUGCAAUGGAUCUGAGUGUGCAAUGGGAUCUGAAUGUGAAACGGGAUCCAAAUGUGUAACGGGAUCUGGGCAUGGGAAUGUGAUGGGAUCCCAGUGUGCAACGGGAUCCAGGUGUGUAAUGGGAUCUGGACAUGGGAAUGUAAUGGGAUCCGAGUGUGCAAUGGGAUCCCAGUGUGUAACAGGAUCUGGGCAUGGGAAUGUAACGGGAUCCGAGUGUGCAACGAGAUCCCAGUGUGGAACAGGAUCCAAAUGUGUAACGGGAUCUGGACAUGGGAAUGUGAUUGGAUCUCAGCGUGUAAUGGGAUCUCAGCAUGUAAUGGGAUCCCAGUGUGCAAUGGGAUCCAGGUGUGCAAUGGGGUGUGGACAUGGGAAUGUAACGGGAUCGAGGUGUGCAACGGUAUCCCAGUGUGGAACAGGAUCCAGAUGUGUAACGGGAUCUGGGCAUGGGAAUGUAACGGGAUCCAGAUGUUCAAUGGGAUCCCAGUGUGCAACGGGAUCCAGGUGUGCAAUGGGAUCUCAAUGUGUAACGGGAUCUGGGCAUGGGAAUGUGAUUGGAUCUCAACGUGUUAUGGGAUCUCAGCACAUAAUGGGAUCUCAGUUGGUAAUGGGAUCCAGAUGUGUAACAGGAUCUGGGCAUGGGAA